GCCAAUUCGAAAUUUCGAACCCAGAAGGAGACGCCCUCGGUCGCCUACUCGCCUCCCAUUUCGACUUCCCACCGAACCAAAAUUUUGCUGGAAUGCCUCCGCGCUCUCCCCCUCCAACUCCAACUCCCAAUCCCGAAAAAUUUUCGCGUUCGCGAGAUCUUUAAACACGUCUCCCCUCCGCUCCCGAUUCCCGCGCCCCAAAAGUCGUCUCCUUCUUUCGCCAAACCCCCAAUCUUGAGCUCAUCCAUCUUGCCGUUCGCGGCCCAUGGAGAUCGCCAAGAGUGGCAUUGCGAGCGGCAGCAUUCGUGACUUGCCGCCCUCGAAGCGAUUCAAGUACGUCAAUUCCAUCCCUGGAUCGACUCCGUGCCUGCCGUUGCCGGCCAAGAAGCGUGUGCUCCCGCCGCCGCCGGAGGAUGCCGUCCCGGUGUGCCUUCCCGCAAAGAAGCGCGCCUAUGCGCAACCGGCGGAUGCGAUUAUGCCGCCGGUGUGCCUCCCGGCAAAGAAGAGAGCCAUUGUGGCGCCGCCGCCGGAGGAUGCCGUCCCGGUGUGCCUUCCCGCAAAGAAGCGCGCCUAUGCGCAACCGGCGGAUGCGAUUAUGCCGGCGGCGUGCCUCCCGGCCAAGAAGCGCGUGUGCGCUGCGCCGCCGGCGGGUAUGAUCUCUUCGCCUUGGGUCCCGGCUAAGAAGCGCUUGUGCGCGGCGCUGCCAGCGGACAUGGUCGCUUCGCCCUGUGUACCAGCCAAGAAGCGCGUCCAAGCGCCGCUGCCCUCGGAGGACGCCGCCGGUUCGAUCCCGGUGUGCCUACCGGCGAACAAGCGCGUGAUGCCGCCGUUUGUUCCGCCUUCGCUGUCUCCAUCCAUGGUGUCAGACGGGGCUCGCGUCGCCGCCGUCAAAGAUGCCAGGCCUCGAGGAUCCAAUAAACACGGCGGUGGCGCCAUCAAUCCUAGAGUGGCAAAUGGCGCUGAAGAUUGCGCGAGAGGCAAAGAGUUCAAGAAACCUGAGAAACCUAUCAAUCCUAAAGAAGUCAAAGAGCUAGUGUCCAUGAAACCAAGCAAGCCAAGAUCUCCAAGCAAAGCUAAAAACCUAGAAAAGAAAGCCUGCGAGGUCGUCAAUAGCAAGCAAUCUGAAGUUGGAGUUGAAGUGCGCAAGAAAGCCAACAAAGCAGCUAAUGCCAAGCAAGCAGCACGUAAAGAGUCUAGGAGUGGAGAUGCUGAAGCGGCGCGAGAGCGAGAACAAGAUGCCGUGGAGGAGGAUGACGGCGUGCUCUGCGCCGUGUGCGCGAGCACCGACGGCGACCCGUCGGACCCCAUCGUUUUCUGCGACGGGUGCGACCUCAUGGUACACGCCUCCUGCUACGGCAACCCGCUGUCGCAGGCCAUCCCCGACGGCGACUGGUUCUGCUCCCUGUGCUCCUACUCCAAGAAGAGCAAGCCGGCGAGAUGCUGCCUCUGCCCGGCGAUGGGCGGCGCGAUGAAGCGCACCACGGACGGGCUGUGGGCGCACAUCGCGUGCGCGUUACUCGUGCCGGAGGUGUUCUUCCGGGACCCCGACGGCCGCGACGGCAUCGACUGCUCCCGCGUGCCCGCCCACCGGUUCAGCAAGGAGUGCUACAUCUGCGAGAACAGCAACGGGUGCGCGCUCGAGUGCUCCCAGCCCAAGUGCGGCCUUGGCUUUCACGUCUCCUGCGGCCUUGACGGUGGCCUGUGCAUCGAGUACCGGGAGGGGAAGGGCGGCGCCAUCGUUGCCGGCUUCUGCAGGGAGCACACCGAGUUAUGGGAGAAGCAACAACUGACAGGCAAGUACAAGAUUGUGGCAAGAGGCCAGGAGUGAUGUGGAAGAGGAAGAAGAAUUAGGCGCCUAAUUGCCUUGGAAAGGUGGGGAUUUGCUUGUUAGGAUUUACAAUGAACGGUUCAGUAUUUAUUCUGCUUCGAUUAAAUUAUAGAAGAGUCAUUAUCUGUAUUAAGAAGAGUUGAAUAAGCUGUUUUAGGAUCUUAGGCAAUUUCAAGCUUUGCAGGUUCAGUUUCUUGUUUAUUGUAACUUCCACAUUGUCCUCCAGAUCAAGAUCUGGAAGACCGCUACCAGUAUGUUAAUGCAGAACUGAGUCUCAGAUCCAGAUUAAAAGGAUAUUGUACUUCCAGGGCUGCGUAAAUUAAUUCAUCA